AGUAUUGUUAUUUAUUGUCACUACCUCCCUAUGUCAGGAUUGGGUAAUUUACGCGCCUGCUGCCUUCCUUGGAUGUGGUAGCCAUCUCUCAGGCUCCCUCUCCGGAAUCGAACCCUAAUUCUCCGUCACCCGUUACCACCAUGGUAGGCCUCUAUCCUACCAUCGAAAGAAGAGCAAUCGUCAUAGCCGCCUUUGAAAAAGAAGCGCAAUCGUCGCCUUUGGGAAAGAAGAGGGAGGGAGGCGGCGAUCUCAGGCAUCUACAGAGGUUCACAGCGGCGAUGGCGGCGACCAACUCAUCAGCCGUUUUCCUCUCUGCCGUGGACAGGUGUGCAGCUGCAGACUCGCCAGGGAAACGCACACUGUUGGAGCGGUCUCACUCCGUGCGCCUGGUCGGGACCCCAGUUACUCGACGGGCGGCUGUCUGGAGGAAGGCAUUCGGCCUGGGGUCCAAUUUUCUCCGGCGGACGAUCUCCUCGCUGGGCUUCGCUAUGGCAUCCGCAGUUACGGAGAAACCGCCGGCAACGUCCAAGUGUCUGUGGGAGGACGUGGAGAUGGCUCCUGAAGAUCCUAUCCUCGGCGUGACGCUCGCGUACAAUAAGGACACGAGUGCGGUUAAGUUGAAUCUAGGUGUGGGUGCCUACCGGACCGAGGAGGGCAAACCUUUCGUGCUGGAGUCUGUUCGCAAGGCAGAAGCGAUUCUAGCUGCAGAUCGGUCCAGGAACAAGGAGUACCUACCCAUCACUGGUCUUGCUGCCUUCAACAAGCUUAGCCGCGAGUUGAUUCUUGAGAACGACUGUCCUGCUCUGGUGGAGAAUCGGGUCGCAACCAUACAGUGUCUGUCCGGGACUGGCUCUCUUCGCGUGGGAGCAGAUUUUCUUGCUGCUCAUUAUCCUAAUGCUGCCAUCUACUUGCCGGAUCCGACGUGGGGCAAUCAUAAGGGCAUUUUCCCAGCAAGCGGCCUGUGCAUGAAGAAGUAUCGGUACUAUAACAGCCAAUCACGAGGUCUUGACAUUGAAGGUAUGAUCAAGGAUCUUAAAUCAGCACCAUCAGGCUCUGUGGUAUUGCUUCAUGGAUGUGCUCAUAAUCCCACUGGAGUAGACCCCCUGCCAGAGCAGUGGGAAGUCAUAAGGCAGGUGAUCAGAGAUAAAGGUCAUCUUCCGUUCUUCGAUUGUGCUUAUCAGGGCUUCGCAAGUGGAGAUCUAUCGCAAGAUGCUGCUGCUGUUCGCUCAUUUGCUGGAGACGGAGGGGAGUUACUAAUCGCCCAAAGUUUUGCAAAGAACAUGGGCCUCUACGGAGAGAGGGUUGGAGCAUUGAGCGUGGUCUGCAGGUCAGAAGUUAUUGCCAAGAAGCUGGAGAGUCAAGUGAAGAUUAUUAUUAGGAAGAUGUACUCGAGCCCUCCGAUACACGGAGCCAGCAUCGUUACAACGGUACUUGGAGACAAGGAACUGCGAGAAGAGUGGAUGAGCGAACUUCGUGGGAUGGCCAAUCGCAUUAUUCAGAUGAGGAAACAGCUCUAUGAUGCCCUGAUACUCCGAGAAACUCCUGGGGACUGGAGCCACAUUCUGAAUCAAAUCGGAAUGUUCACGUAUUCAGGUCUGAACAAGGAGCAGGUCGCCGUAAUGACAAGAGACUACCACGUGUACAUGACGUCAAACGGCCGGAUCAGCAUGGCUGGAUUAAGCCCGAGCACUGUCCCUCAUUUGGCAGAUGCCAUUCAUGCCGCUGUGACAGGCAACAAUUGAAAUACGAGAGAUGGAGGAUUUUUCAUUGAGGGAGGAUAUCCCGACCGAUCACAAAUGUCUAUUUUUGUCAUUUAUUGUUCUCUUUUUCCUUCUGUAGGUGAUUCAUUUUUCCUUCUGCAGCAUACUUUUUCCUCUUCACGACAUGUUUUGCUAGUGGUUGCUAUUGGAUAUGCUACUUCGUAGUCUUCCUCUGAAGGUGGAAGAGAGGGGAGACACAUCCCAUCAAGGCGAGGAAACACUUUCUUACGGGGUGCGCAUCUCAUUUUUCGUUCAUCAUGUCCCCCAUUUCCCCCCCAUCUUUUAUGUAUGUGGUGUCGACUUUUUCCCUGGCUGCCCCCUGCACUUUGUCUUCUUUUUCCCUUGAAGCGUGAAUCCACCCCUGACAACAGUAGUUGAGUUAGUGUAGGAGUUCAAAGCUGAAUUUGGUUCGUUCGAUUUAUUGAAUUUUAUUGAAUUAUGUUCAGAAUGUAGUGACGAAGAUCACUUAGGACGUAGUGAGCAUUUGCGACUGUCCAAUUUGAGGCAAAAGUGAAUAUGUUCCAGGUUGAUUGUCCAUGCGCAGUGCUGUGUUUGAUUCUAUGAGUAGUUUAUACAGACACCCAGUGUUUCUCAAGGCUGGGGAGGAGGAGGUGUGUCCGAGUAGCUAUGAUUCAGGUAACCGCUUUCACAGGGUCACAGGGCCAUGCCUGCUGAAAGUGACAGGGAAAAGUGGGCAACAAGUAGUUUAAUUUUGUAUGGUUACUGUUUGAAAAAUGGUUGGCUGCUUGAUGAGCGCGAAACUCUUGGAUGCUUCAGGAAAUGGAUGGUGCUUGUGAAAUUCGAGGUGUGUAUGCACCCAGUCUUCUCUGCUUGUUUGGUUGACUAAGUAAUCGACAUUGGAUGACUACUUUGUUCUUUCCGUGAUUCUGAAAAAGGGGAGGACAAAUGAAAUCGGUUAUGGACCUUACUGUGAUAUUGUUCUCGAUUGUUCUACCCAUGAGGAUGUUGUCACGGCUUGCUGUGAUCCUUUUGACAUGGCUUAGCAAUGUAUAACCGCU